UUUUCUUGCCCCUUUUCUUCUUCUUCUCUCUCCAUACUAUAUUUGACCCUCCUCCCCUAAUAUAUCCCGCCAAAUAUGUAUGUUUACAAGAGAGAUGGCCGCAAAGAGCCAGUCCGUUUUGACAAGAUUACCGCCCGUGUCUCUCGUCUCUGUUACGGUUUAGACCCAGCCCAUGUCGACGCCGUCGCUAUUACCCAACGUACUAUUUCCGGUGUGUACCAGGGUGUCACCACUAUUGAGUUGGACAACUUGGCUGCCGAAACCGCUGCCUACAUGACCACCAUCCACCCAGACUACGCCAUCUUGGCCGCGAGAAUCGCUGUCUCCAACUUGCACAAGCAAACCAUCAAGCAGUUUUCCCAGGUCAUCGAGCAGUUAUACACGUACGUCAACCCUAAGACCGGCAAGCACGCACCUAUGAUUUCUCAAGAAACCUACGACAUUGUCCAAGAACACGCUGAUGAGUUGAACUCUGCCAUCGUCUUCGACCGUGAUUUCCAGUACAACUACUUUGGUUUCAAGACCUUGGAGAGAUCCUAUUUGUUGAGAGUUGACGGCAAGGUUGCCGAAAGACCGCAGCACUUGAUCAUGAGAGUCUCUAUCGGUAUCCACGGUAAUGACAUUGAAAAGGUGAUUGAAACCUACAACUUGAUGUCUCAGAAGUACUUCACCCAUGCGUCCCCAACCUUGUUCAACGCUGGUACUCCACAGCCGCAAAUGUCUUCUUGUUUCUUGGUUGCCAUGAAGGAAGACUCCAUUGAAGGUAUUUACGACACCUUGAAGACCUGUGCCCAGAUCUCCAAGACUGCCGGGGGUAUCGGUCUUCACAUCCACAACAUUCGUUCUACCGGGUCCUACAUUGCCGGUACCAACGGUACCUCCAACGGUAUUAUUCCAAUGGUCCGUGUUUUCAACAACACCGCCCGUUAUGUUGAUCAGGGUGGUAACAAGAGACCGGGUGCCUUUGCCUUGUACUUGGAGCCUUGGCACGCGGACAUCUUUGACUUCAUUGACAUCAGAAAGAACCACGGUAAGGAAGAGAUCAGAGCCAGAGACUUGUUCCCAGCCUUGUGGAUUCCAGACUUGUUUAUGAAGAGGGUUGAAGCCAACGGUGAAUGGACAUUGUUCUCUCCAAACGAGGCCCCAGGCUUGGCUGACACCUACGGCGACGAAUUCGAGGCUUUGUACGAAAAGUACGAGAGAGAAGGUAAGGGCAGACAGACCGUUAAAGCCCAGAAGUUGUGGUACGCCAUCAUGGAGGCCCAGACCGAAACCGGUACUCCAUUCAUGUUGUACAAGGAUUCCUGUAACGCCAAGUCUAACCAGAAAAACUUGGGUAUUAUCAAGUCUUCCAACUUGUGUUGCGAGAUUGUCGAGUACUCCUCCCCAGAAGAAGUUGCCGUCUGUAACUUGGCCUCUGUCGCGUUGCCAGCUUUCGUUGUUUCUGAUAACAAGUCCACCUGGUACGACUUUGAGAAGUUGCACGAAAUCUCCAAGACUGUCACCAGAAACUUGAACAAGAUCAUCGACCGUAACUUCUACCCUGUUCCGGAGGCCAAGAGAUCCAACAUGAGAAACAGGCCAAUUGCUGUUGGUGUCCAGGGUCUUGCUGAUACCUUCAUGAUGUUGAGAAUCCCAUUCGACUCUGUGGAGGCCAAGGAAGUCAACAUCCAGAUCUUUGAGACCAUCUACCACGCUGCCCUCGAGGCCUCCAUUGAAUUAGCGCAGGAAGAGGGGCCAUAUGAGAGCUACGAAGGUUCUCCAGCCUCCCAGGGCUUAUUGCAGUUUGACUUGUGGGGCAAGAAGCCUACUGACUUGUGGGACUGGGACACCUUGAAGCAGAAGAUCGCCAAGCAUGGUUUGAGAAACUCCUUGUUGGUUGCUCCAAUGCCAACUGCCUCUACCUCUCAGAUUUUGGGCUACAACGAGUGCUUCGAGCCAUAUACUUCUAAUAUCUAUUCCAGAAGAGUGUUGGCUGGUGAAUUCCAGAUUGUCAAUCCACACUUGUUGAGAGACUUGGUUGAUUUGGGCUUGUGGAACGACUCCAUGAAGAACCACAUCAUUAAGGACAAUGGUUCCAUCCAGAACUUGCCAAAUGUCCCAGCUGAGAUCAAGGCGUUGUACAAGACCGUUUGGGAACUUUCUCAGAAGACCAUCAUCGACAUGUCUGCUGACAGAGCUGCCUAUAUCGAUCAGUCUCAGUCCAUGAACAUCCACAUUAUGGCCCCAACCAUGGGUAAGUUGACUUCCAUGCACUUCUACGGCUGGAAGAAGGGUUUGAAGACUGGUAUGUACUACUUGAGAACCCAAUCUGCCUCCGCUGCCAUUCAGUUUACCGUCGACCAGUCAUCUGCCGGCCUCGCGGGAGACACCAUUGCCGUGUUGGAAAAGUUGAACGCUAGAAAGUACAAGCCAAGAUCUCUUGCUGUUGAGGAAUUGAACCCUGCCCAAAACACCUCAAUUUCUUCUGAGUCCCCAGUUAUCGUUGACAGCGUUCCAGCUAUCCUUGAGGAGUCUGUUGCUAACUUGAGCAUUGCGGAAAACACCCCUGCCAAGGAAGAAAAAGAAGAAGUUGUUGCUGAAGCCGCUGACGCUAGCACCGAGGGCAUGUCUGAGGCCGAUAUCUUUAGUUCCAAGGUUAUUGCCUGUGCUAUCGACAAUCCAGAAGCCUGCGCCAUGUGUUCUGGUUAAGCGACCUCGCGCUACUCUUUUAUUUCUUUCCGGUUUUUUGGGGCUCUACGUUUUCAUUUUAAUAUAUCAAUGUUUUACA